GAAACACCGCUUAAUGGUAAACAAACGCGAAAAACCAAAACAAAAAAUCCCAAAAUCCGUGAAACCGAUUUUUCCGGACUCAAAAUCGUUAUUAAAAAAUGCAGGAUGAUACAGAGGACACCCAGUCGGAUGACUCGGGGGCAGAGAACGUCCUGAAAAUGAGCUGCCCGCUCCGGGAACAGGACCGAUUUCUGCCGAUAGCCAACAUCACGAAAAUCAUGAAACGCGGCAUACCACCUAAUGGCAAGAUUGCCAAGGAUGCACGCGAAUGCAUACAAGAGUGUGUUUCGGAGUUCAUAUCAUUCCUCACAUCCGAGGCCAGCGAUCGGUGCCACAUGGAGAAGCGGAAGACGAUCAAUGCAGAAGAUAUCAUUUGCUCUAUGUACGCGCUCGGCUUCGAGAACUACAUUGAUCCGCUGAAGGUGUUCAUGGCCAAAUAUCGAGAGUGCACCGCAGCCGAGCGCCUAAGCUCGGACGAGUCUCACGAGCCAACACAAUAUGAACCGACCGAGACACAAGCUGCGGACAAUCAGCAGCCUUCCACAUCAAACCAGGCCAAUAUUGUACCGGGCACGAGUCACACAGAAAUCAUAUACCAAACGAAUGACGGGACGAUAUGCUUCAAAAACGAGUCUUUCGAGAAUAUGUGAGCUUGCUUGCACAAUAGUUUGCUUCAGUUUCAAUACAGUUGACGAUUUAUUCCCAAUAAAUGCGAGCUUGUAGAACA